CGGGCCCACAACAUUAUACUCGACAAUUAGCUUCCUUGCCAUCGUUCAAUAGCCCCAUUUGGACAAACUAGGCAUCCGUACGGAGUAGGUAGCUAGGUAGCUAGGUAAUGGGAACGGGACGGAAUCGCCGUGCCCCCAUCCCUCCACUUCGGUGUCCCCCUCCAUUCUCCCCCGAGGUCAGCUCAGCCCACUCGAGAUUCCAAGUCUCUCCCCCUCGCUCCCUUCUCUCCAGAAGGAGCUAUCCUGGCGGUGAGCAAAGCAUCAGAUUCGUCGCCUCCGAAGGCGCCCCAACCCAGUCCUCGGUCCCGCAGCGGCUGUCUAACAUGUCGUCGGAGACGGGUCAAAUGCGACGGUGCGGACAUUCAGAAGCUCAUCCAGUAUGCAUGCGCUGCCAACGGUCGCAGAAUCACUGCAAAUAUGGACCCCGCUUUCAAUGGCAGGAUGGUUUGCGCGCAGCGGGGAAGUGCCGCGGACGAACCGGGAUCGGCUCAAGAAAAAGUUCGCUGCAAUGCAAGCAAUCCGAAGAGGACAGCCUUUCACGUUCGACACGGGCCGAACAAAAAGAUCGCCCUGAUAACGAUGGGGAAUCCGCGUUGAUCCUCACCCCACCCUCUUCGCACAGUCCACUGCGGGCCGCCACGUCAAACUACGUCUCCAAUCCAACGGAAAACAGUUAUCGGGGUCGCUAUUAUUAUUGGAAAGAGAGUAAGGCUCAAUCGCCCGGGACCUCGCUUCAGGUGCUGCCAUGGAGCAUCGGCGUACCCGACGUCGACAAUGUAUGUCUGUCAUUCUAUGAAUCGGUGAUGUGCAAUGUUGCCGUCACCGUCGACGACGAGUACACCAAUCCUCUCCGCAAUACGGUGAUGCGCAUGAUAUUUCGGUCCGAACUGACCUAUUACUCUGUUCUCAUGGCCAGUGCGCAGUAUCUGCGAUCCUUUGAGAGCCGCUUCGAUCUUCUAGAAAUGCAGGUCCGGCAGAAGGUACUUGGGGGGUUGCGUCGAGCAUUGACGAAAAGUUGCUUGGCUUUGGAGGAUGUGUUGCUGCCAACUAUAUUUCUCUGCUCUUCAGCUGUAUGUGUCUUUAUGGUCAAGAUCUCCCACAGCUGUGAUGCCACAUGGGUUCGCCAUCUGACCUGCUUCCAACUAGUCAUUAAGCAGAAAAUCCGGGGACACACACCAACCUAUGUCCCACAAUUUUUCCUGAGCUACUUCUCUGCACACCUAGUGCUGGCCAAGUCGCUCUUUCCCAUAGACAAGGCACUCGCUGAUGUAGACGUGUGGGGCGACCCGUCAUCGCCAGUAUAUGCAAAAGGAGCCCCCUGGACCUCCUCGCAGGUACUAUCCAAGGUGAUGAGGCCCGAAACGCUUCAUGAAAUCAACAUGUGGAAUGGCAUGAGUAAUCAGAUGCUCCUGCUGAUCAAUGAUAUUCUAAGCCUCAAGAAUGACGUUCAGGCAUUGCAAGAGCAGGACACGUUGCUCGAAGGGAAGCGAACCGCUAUCGAGGCCAAAAUUAUCACCUUGCACAGUAGCCUCCGAACCACCACACAUCUGCUCCCGGAGUCUCUGCGUCAAUUUCACGACUCCGCGGAGGGUUUGCAUAGGUGUCGUCUUCUCGAAUACACCAGCGAAGCAUAUCGUCUCGCCGCAUGUCUGCUCCUGUCAGAGGCGUCAACUCCGGCUUUCCUCGGUUAUACGAGCUCGCUCGAACUGGGGUUUGAUUCAAUGCGAAAGCAACGACACAUAGAUUCGACUUUGUCUCUGAUAGAAUCCAUCGUCUACUCUCUGGACUAUCUCCCAAUCUCUUGGCCUUUAUGGGCCCUCUUCAUUGCCUCAUGCUGCUGUACGUCUGAGCUCGAGAAAACACGGGCCCUGGCGUUGUUCCAUGCGGCACAGGGAAAAGCUCCGUAUGAGAAUACGAUACGGGCACAGACAGUAGUGAGCCUGCUGUGGCAGCGACGCGAGUUGCAUGAGGAGAGGGAGAGAAAGCGGAACGGUCGGUUUGAGUGGGAGUCGGUGAUGGAGUUUCUGGGGUGGCAGACGAGCUUCGCUUAA